GUGAUUGAGCAUGUAGCAGAUCCUGCUGGAUUCUGCAAGUCACUAUCAGCAUUGACCAUCCCUGGUGGCGCUACUGUUAUAUCCACAAUUAAUCGUUCAAUGAGAGCAUAUGCAACAACGAUUGUUGCAGCAGAGUAUCUCCUGCAUUGGCUUCCUAAAGGGACGCAUCAAUGGUCAAGCUUUGUAACCCCAGAAGAACUAGUCCUCAUUCUUCAACGUGCUUCUAUAACUGUGCAAGAGAUGGCUGGAUUUGUAUACAACCCUUUGACAGGUCGUUGGUUUUUAUCUGAUGACAUCAGUGUUAAUUAUAUUGCUUUGGGAACAAAACCAGCCAAUAGCGAUGAAACUCUAGAUUAAGUUGCAAUAAAGUUGCCGAAUUAAUUCUGCUCUUAUCUCUUAAGCCAUCCUGCAAUUGUAUGUAAUCUCUUUUUUCCACUUUGUUGGAUGGUGAAUGCAAUGCCCAACCAUCUGUUCUCACAUUUUUUAUUUUCCCUUGGAGGGUUUGAGCUAUGUAAUUUUUCUUUUUGAAUACUCUGAAUUACUAGCAAAAAUCAUGGUAUUGGGAAAUACAUCAAGUUAUAGACAAAUUUCAAAACUGGGAAUAGUGUAAGGAGACUAAAGUCUGGCCACUUCUGUUACUA